AAACGACUAAAGAAAACACCUGAGAAGAAAACUGGCAAUAAAGACUGUAAAGCAGACAUUGCAUUUCUGAUUGAUGGAAGUUUUAAUAUUGGGCAGCGCCGAUUUAAUCUACAGAAGAAUUUUGUUGGCAAAGUGGCUCUAAUGUUGGGAAUUGGAACAGAGGGACCACACGUGGGCCUUGUUCAAGCCAGUGAACAUCCCAAAAUAGAAUUUUACUUGAAAAACUUUACAUCAGCCAAAGAUGUUUUGUUUGCCAUAAAGGAAGUAGGUUUCAGAGGGGGUAAUUCCAAUACAGGAAAAGCCCUGAAGCAUACUGCCCAGAAAUUCUUCACAGCAGACACUGGAGUAAGAAAAGGGAUCCCCAAAGUGGUGGUGGUAUUUAUCGAUGGCUGGCCUUCUGAUGACAUUGAGGAAGCCGGCAUCGUGGCCAGAGAGUUCGGUGUCAAUGUAUUUAUAGUUUCUGUGGCCAAGCCUAUACCUGAAGAACUGGGCAUGGUUCAGGAUGUGGCAUUUGUUGACAAGGCGGUCUGUCGGAAUAAUGGCUUCUUUUCUUACCACAUGCCUAACUGGUUUGGCACCACGAAAUAUGUAAAGCCUCUGGUACAGAAGCUCUGCACUCAUGAACAAAUGAUGUGCAGCAAGACCUGUUACAACUCAGUGAACAUUGCCUUUCUAAUUGAUGGCUCCAGCAGUGUUGGAGACAGUAAUUUUCGCCUCAUGCUUGAGUUUGUUUCCAACAUAGCCAAGACUUUUGAAAUCUCAGACAUUGGUGCCAAAAUAGCUGCUGUACAGUUCACCUAUGAUCAGCGCACAGAGUUCAGUUUCACUGAUUAUAGCACCAAAGAGAAUAUCCUAGCUGUUAUCAGAAACAUUCGCUACAUGAGUGGUGGGACAGCUACAGGUGAAGCCAUCUCCUUCACUGUUAGGAAUGUCUUUGGUCCUGUGAGGGACAGCCCCAACAAGAACUUCCUGGUAAUUGUCACAGAUGGCCAGUCCUAUGAUGAUGUUCGAGGCCCUGCUGCUGCUGCACACGAUGCAGGUAUCACCAUCUUCUCUGUUGGUGUGGCUUGGGCACCUCUGGAUGACCUGAAAGAUAUGGCCUCUAAACCAAAGGAGUCACAUGCUUUCUUCACAAGAGAGUUCACAGGAUUAGAACCAAUUGUUUCUGAUGUUAUCAGAGGCAUUUGUAGAGAUUUCUUGGAAUCCCAGCAAUAAUGGUGACAUUUUGACAACUGAAAGAAAAAGUGUAAGAGGACAGAAUGUAGAAGUCAUUUUCUCAUAAUACCAAGAUACUAUAUAGCAUAAUAGGAUCAGAUACAAAACUACUAUAUUAAAAAUGCCAACAGCUGUUUUAAGCACAUAAGCAUUCAUUUAAAGCUACGACCUUUUAAUGACAAUUUAGAAUUGUUAAACACUCUGCCUAGGCUUCAUAAUCAUGACCGUUAGAAACUCAGGAAAAAGGAGAUAUUGUGCAUCCAAAUCUUAAGAAUCCCAAAAGGCAUAUUAAAUAUAUAGAAAUGCAAAUUCCAUAGCUCAAUAAAAGAGUGAUACUCAGAACAAAAGCAACAUUCCUUCUCUAAUCAUUUUGCAUUAAAUAUAUAAGGAAAACGAAACUUAGAGUUAACUCAAGUUCAAAUGUUAUUUUGCCCCGAUAGAUGUUGUCUUAAAACUAAUCAACUGUAUUUGUUACUUACAUUCUAAAAAGUUGUAAUUAUGAAUGAAAUGGAAGGGAAUUAGGUCUGAAGUUUCUUAUGUAGUGUAUUUUCCUAAUAACAUAAUGGAAAUAUCACACUGAACAAGAUAGGAGGAUUGCCUGGUAUUUUUCUAUUUAUAUCCUUAAUUUUAUAUGUGUAUUGAUAUAUUUGGCUUAUACUCUGAAAGUCAUCCAUGUACUUAAAAAAAAGCUAAGUUGGUAAAUUUUUAUUUACUAUUUAUACUUGUAAACAUUUGGCAUUGAGGGAAAGCACAUAUUAAAAAAAGGACUGCAGGAAAAACUAUUGUAGUUUGACUAUUUAAGCAAUAAAACUGUUAGUGACUAUUA